AGUUGGGUACCUCCCUACCUUUACACUCUUGUUCACCCCCAGGCUGCUUCGCGAUGCGGGUAGGACAAUGAGAGAAUUCGAUACGCCGACCGAGGUGUAUGUUCCCGCGAUUGCGGAAGUACUGUGCAUCGCUCUUCCACGCGAAUAUGGCUUCUUUUGGCCUCGAGACGUUGAACCCCCUGAGCACGGAUGGGGAUCCUGCUGCUCUCCUCGACAUUGUUGUCGUCCACGGACUCUACGGUAGUCAGGAUCGCAGCUGGACCGACGUUGGAUGGCAAAACCGGCUAUCCUCUUUUCCCGUCAAUUCCCGGCUCUCACUCUACCGUUAUGAUGUCUUUGCCUUCAACGGUGGGGUCCUCACGCGCAGCGGCGCAAGCUACGAGGCCACGAAGUUUCUCGACUCCCUGCUAGAGCUAAGAACGGAAGACUCGAAGCGUAUCGCCAUUUCGUUUAUCGGCCAUGACAUUGGGGGCUCCCUGAUCAAAAGGGCCGCCAUCUUGUCACAGCAGAAAAAGUACGAAGAUAUUUACAUGUCGAUCCACACACUGAUGCUCCUCGGCUGUCCUCAUAGCGGUCCCAAGUUGGAGAUCCAGGCCGGAUGUGCUGAGAUUCUGAUGUCUCAUGAUGGGACAAUCUUCUCUGAUGCAUGGCGGUUGGCCGGACCUCUGGCGGAAUGGGUUCUUGAAACGAACGACGGAUUUGCGGAAACAAGGCUGCCAGCAAUAGUCUUUAUGAUCAGCGUCGUCUCGUCGCAUCCGGACCGCAGAGAAAGGGUCUUCCAUCCGCUCGUUACAUCCACGAACCUGCCGCUACAUAUGGAGAGGGUCGCGGCUCGCGAAACAGGCCACCGUGAUUUGCUCAUAGAUUUCCCUGUACCUGAUUCCGUAUCCAGGGCCUGGCAUCUUUCCACGCACCGGCGCAGAUUACUCGGAUGGACGCCCCCGCGGUACCCUCUAGGGACCAUGUUGGACCCGUCCAUGACCAAAGAUGACCCGCAGUGGGCCCUUGCUCGUGCGGAUGUUCAACGGUGGAUGACGGACGAUGAGGCCGACCUUUGGCUCGUCCACAGCCCCGGCGAGACCCCGGCCGAGACAGCAGCGCGCCUGUACAGUUUGGUCGUGGAAACUUGGGGAGACCCGCUCAACGACCUGGCCGGGAUAGGCAUGGCUUUCAUAUUCGACCCAACCGAUUGCCGGUAUGAUUCCGCGGAGGCGAUGCUCUUCACGUGUCUGAUCGAGUUUGGCUAUCGGUGUCGCACUCCCGCGGCGACGACCGCCCUGGAUGACGGUUUGAAGUGCCUCGAUAUAUGCCGUAGUUUACGCAUUGGAGAUCUAUAUGCGGCCUUUAUUGACAUUCUAACCGAGUUUCUAGCCAUGAGAAAAGCAGUGGGGAGCAAAGGUUCAUAUGUGAUUGUGCUGGGAAAUUUGGAUGACACGAUUCGGAACGGCAGCUGGCUAUUUCGCGCACUUCUAGAGAGCAUAACGGACUGCGAUCUCAACCUCAAGGUGGUGAUCACCAGUGCAGAUCCUGAAUCCCUCACUCCCCAGUCGGGACCCGUCAGGAUAUCUCGACCCGCGUGGGCCUCAUCGUUCGGGGCGGUGCCCUCAAGCGAGAAGCACAGUGCUGCUAAGGGGGAAGGGGGAAUGAACAACGAGCAAGACAGCAGGCCCGAGGAAAAGCAGUACGGGCGCAUUUCACCCACGCCCGUCUUCACAGAUGUCCUCACCUUGGUCCAGGGCAAGCCCCAGCUGCACAGCUGCAUCGACACGCUGGUCCUGAUGGGGCAAUCUUGCGCAGAUGACGCGAAAUUAUGGCAGUUGGUCACCAACUGGUUGAGGAUCGGACAUUUGCAACCCCCAGAAGAGGGCGAGUUGAGCGCCUCCCUGAGUGAGCUCGUACGGGCGACGCCAGAGAGGAUAUUCCAAUCCAUUCUCGCCUCAGUGCCUUCCCCGACCAGACCCUGGUUGACCCGCGCCCUGGGAUACAUCUUGUUCACAUUUCGGCCGCUCACCCUCUCAGAGUUCUCGGAUCUGGAUGACCUGGAGCAGCCCGAGGGUAUGGUUGAGAAGGAAAUUGUGGAGAGAGACGGCCAUGGGGUACUGUUGGUACAGCAUCAAGAGGUCCGGCUCGCGCAUCCCGGCCUUCGAAAGUACCUUAAGACGUCGCGGUACGGUGUGCUUGGAGGCUGGUUUCAGCUACCGUCAGAGCCCGUGAUACACAAACGCCUUGCCGAGUCCUGCUUGAACUACCUGACGUGCACCUCAACACAUCGCCUGAGGGAACAUCGCACUUCAGAACUGGGAAGCUGGCACACGCCAUUCGAGGGCCGGGACAACCUCUUGUCCUAUGCGGUAAAAUACUGGCUCCGGCAUGCCAUGCUUGCCGCCGAGGAACCAGUGUUUGAAACAGAGGCCUGCAAGCGCUUCAUGGCUGACGAGAACGCGUUUCGGCAGUGGACCGUCCUGUACCAGGCAUUGUCACCACCCCCGGCAAGCCAACAGUCGGACACAACGCUAGCGGCGGACGCUCUAUCGAGUCUCGCCAUCUUUGCAGAGCAUGGAGCCCAGAACCUGUUGGCCUGCACGAUGGCAAAACACCAGAAGCUUGGGACACCUGGGCUCGAGGCUGCCUGCUUUGCCGCUUUGGUGGCAGCUGCUGGACAAGGCAACAUCCAGAUGGCCAAGGACAUGAAACUCAUGGAAAGCCUCCCGCCGGAGGGCGAGACGCUCGACCAGCUGAUCCUGGCUGCGCUGGAAAGCGACGAUGCGGAUACGUUUACUGAGAUCUUCGGCAUGGCACGUCAAUACCCCGAGAAGAUCAGAGACAUGGGCAAUCUGCUUGCCCGAGCCGCAUCUCUCGGCCGUACGGCAGCCAUCAAAGACUUGCUCGGUAUUCUCGGGCGUUCUAGAGGGACAGCUGUCGACACGUCGAAUGGGUUGUCUGCAUUGAGCUAUGCCUGCCAGCGAGGCUUCGUCGGUGUGGUGGAUCUAUUGAUCCGUGAAGGGGAGCCUAGUGUUCUUGCAGAACUUAGACAGGAUGAAGCGAGCCCGAUGCCGAUUAAACUGGCUGUGAAGCUGAGACGACUGGAUAUUCUCAGCUCCCUGGUAGCAUCCACGAUCCCACAGCAGCUACGGGAUUCCGAAGCCAUCGCGUUGUACCGUUGGGUCAUCAAGGAGUCCGGCCGGUAUGGCCGGCGAAAGCCUAUCCAGAGCGCGCUCGCUGAUAUCAAGCGCAAGCUAACGUUGGCAUCUGACGGCUCCGUGGACGACACGGCUCCCGGACCAACCGAGGGCGAUGGCACCGCCGACAUGGUGGAUUACUUACCACGACAUAUUAUCGGCUGUCAAGAGUACGGCGAGGCCGUCAAAGAUGCGAUCGGGAAUUGGAAAUGGAAACACUCCUAUGACCUCGUGGACCUCCUCACUCGGGCGGCCAAGGAUAGACUCCGUGAAGAUGAAUUCGCGUCUGUUUUUGCGGAAUGGAUGGAAGAGGCCGGUAAAGGUAGGGUGCUCAGAGUUGUCAAGUUGGUCUUCGAGAACGGGGCGAAAUCGCCAUGGGCAACGACCGAGGCUUUGACAUCUGCCGCGACCAAGGCGUUCUGGGCGGCGCUAGGUCGGAGUGACAAGGGGGUUUCUUGCAUCCGUUACCUCGUCGAGAAAGGAGCCGAUAUUGCGAGCAGAGGUCCUGAUCUCCGGACACCGCUAUUCGCAGCAGCCUAUUCUGGCUCGGUCAAGGUGGUCGAGACUCUUAUCGCGGCCCAGGUAGACGUCAACGCCAAGGGGGACAACGAUUGGUAUCCCCUCCACGCGUGCUACGACAAUGCUGACAUCACGCGCAUGCUGGUUGCGAAGCACGCUGACGUUAACAAGCUCACCGAGGACAACUCGUCAUUGCCAGCCCUCGCCUUUGCCGUACGGUGGCAAAACAGCAAAGUCGUCGACGAGUUGUUGAAGGGGAAUCCUAGCCGCCAAACCCUCGAGGCUAGCCUAGAGGAGGCGUUCAUAAGACAUGAGCCCCAGAUGGUGGAGAAGCUGAUACCGUAUUGCCCGGACCCUUCCUAUCUACGGGAUAGGAAUAUGGUCUUGUAUAGUCAGGUCUGGUGGCCCAAUCCGAAGUUGCUCGAGCGGCUGCUAAAUUACCCGUACCGAAUGGACCCGAAUAAGGAAGACCGGAACGGCCGCGCGGCGCUCCACUACAUAUCGCAGAAUACGAGCGUUGACAUUAUCGAGAUGCUAGUUACAUGCGGCGGCGAUAUAGAAGCAACCGACAAGAGUCGGGAAACGCCGCUCACCGGAGCUAUACAGCGUUCCAACUGGGAAGCUGUGCGGUACCUCGUCGAGGAGUGCGGCGCCCUUGUCACCAAGGGCGGCGGCUUCUACGGCAGUCCUCUUCAAGUGGCGUGCCGCUGGGGCACGCUGGAUAUUGUCAAGCUGCUGUACGCCAGGGCGGAUCCCGCCGAGGUCGACCAGAGUGAACGCCGGGUCUCGGGCACAUCUCUACAGGCGGCCCUGCAGCGGACGGAGGAGACGGAUGACAAGCAGGCUAUCGUCAGGUUCCUUGUCGAGGAAACUAAGGCAAAUGUCAACCUGGCCAGCCCCUUCUGGGGUGGUGCGUUGCACCUGGCCUGCCUCACGUCGACGCCCGACACAAUGCGCCUGCUCCUUCGCCACGGCGCCGUCGUUGACGUUAGAGAUCACGUCGAUCGCACCCCGCUCCACUUUGCCCUCUACCGCACGCGGGAGCAUGUCGAACUGCUUCUCGAUAAAGGGGCUAACCUGGAUGCGGUCGAUAUCUUGAACCGCAAUGCGUUGCACAUGGCCGUGCUUAGCGGGCGAUUGGAUCUCGUCCGGUUUGUGCUGAGCGAACGGCCCAACUUUGUGAAUCAAAAAGACGCCCAUGGGUGGACACCGCUGCUCUGGGCGUUGCGGGUUUCGGAAUUAUGGGGGGUUGAAAAGGGCGACAGGAAGGCCAUUAUCAAGGAACUCCUUGAUAACGGGGGGCAACGUGUGGUGCGCGGUCAGGGCGUGGACCGAAGCUGGACGCCUCUGGCGCUCGCAGCAUACCACAGCCUGGACGAGGACGUCGCUGAGCUCUUGAUUCCCACAGAUGAAGACCGGGCGAACAUGAGCGACGAAGAGCGCGAGUGGGACUGGGAGUCUCGCCGCGGCAAGCGAGGUCUCCCGGAUAGCCCCGGCUUCUGCGAUCAUUGUUUAUUGAGUCUUCACGGUUCAUAUUACGGAUGUCUGGAUAACAUGUGCUCCGCGGCCUUCUGCUUUAGUUGCUAUCUGUCGCGGCACAAAGUUCACCCAAACGGCGCGGAACAUGAAUUUGAACUUAGGGGAAAGGAGGAGACAGUAGGAGACCAGCCUGAGGCAAAUGACAAGGGCAAACCGGUAGAGUUGGCUGGUGACGGCGAUGUUCCUGAAGCUCUCUUGGACGGCGACGAGGCCGAAGAGGAAGAAGAGGAAGAGGAAGAAGAAGAGGAGGAGGAGGAGGAGAGCGAAGGAGCAGGGAGUAGUGCCGACGGGACCGACAGCGCGCGGGAUGGCUGAAGGUUGAAACUGAAUAAAGUUACCUCUACUCGCUUCAUCAAAGUAUGAUGUGAUGCCGUGGCCAUGAUCAACGUGGCUCGGAAAUCCUGAAAUAACAUGCCAUCUAUCACAUCCCGAAAGAAAAAGGGCUAACCUAACCGUUAUCACCAUCCCCAUUUUGUCAAUUUCAAAAACACCGAUGCCGCCCGGCUUUAGAGGAAUAACGAAAAAUAUAGAAAAAAGAAGAAACCUCGACCCAUUCACCACCCAUCCCCCUACUUCCCUUCCCCAACUGCCCUACGAAGUCCU